CGGAUUGCCACUUUCAGAAGCAGCCUAGAUGUAAUGUGCUGUUUGUGUUUUUCUCAGCACAUCAAAGCCUCUCUGGACCUGAUAGAGGGCAGCAUGACCGUCAGCACCACCAAGAAGACCUUCGACCCGUAUGCUAUCGUGAAAGCAAGAGACCUCAUCAAGCUGCUGGCGAGGAGUGUCCCAUAUGAGCAGGCUGUCCGCAUAUUACAAGAUGACGUGGCUUGUGACAUCAUCAAAAUCGGGACCAUGGUGAGGAACAGAGAGCGGUUUGUAAAGCGAAGGCAGCGGCUGAUCGGCCCCAAGGGCUCCACCUUAAAAGCAUUAGAGUUGUUGACCAACUGCUAUGUGAUGGUGCAGGGAAACACCGUGUCAGCACUGGGGCCCUACAGUGGCCUGAAGGAGGUACGAAAAGUGGUAAUGGACACCAUGAAGAACAUCCACCCCAUCUACAACAUCAAGACACUGAUGAUCAAACAGGAACUUUCUAAAGACCCGGACCUGCGGACACAGAAUUGGGAACGCUUCCUGCCCAAGUUCCGCUCCAAAAACCUCUCCAAGCGCAAGGAGCCCAAGAAGAAGAGUGUGAAGAAGGAGUACACACCGUUCCCACCCACACAGCCAGAAAGCAAGGUUGAUAAGGAGCUUGCCUCGGGUGAAUUCUUUUUGCGUGAAAGCGCGAAAAGGCGGAAGAAGAUGGAGGAAAUUAAGGUCAAACAAACAGAAGCACUGACCAAGAAGCAGGAGGAGCGGAACAAAGCCUUCAUUCCUCCUAAAGAGAAGCCGUUAAUGAAGAAAACAGUUAAAGCUCCAGAAGGGAAGCUGGACAUCGAAGCCAUUAAGGACAAAGUCAAAAAGGCCAAAACAAAGAAACUGGGAGCUCCACCUGUGAUCCCGGCUCCACCCACCAGCAACACCACAGACAAAAAGAAGAAGAAAACAAAAGACAAAGGCUAAGAACACAUCCAGCUCCAUCGUGUUUUUAACAUUUGCUGUUUGUUGGACAGAAGACAGACAUUGGAAAUGCAAAGGAGUGAAACAUUUCUUUCAGAGUUUAAGUCCCAAACAAGUUUUCAUUCUUUUAAGAUACAAAGACUGUUAAAGAUGAUGUACAGAGUCGCAUUUCUUACUUCCUUGUCUCCAUUUCCUGCCCUGUGCCGCAGUUUUGAACUGAUGAUAGCGGUAGCAUCUGUAAAAGUAAAGUUUUUUUUUUUAAUGACUUGAAUCCUGCUUCUAUAAACUGUUUUGUCAUCCUUGUGUUGAGAUUCCACUGAUAUUAUCCUCACUAAUGUUCCCAAGACCAAAAGCAGUUUCAGAGGCUUUAUGGUGUUUUUAGAGGGAGAGCUAGCAGGCGCUAUGUGUAGGUUGAGAGACUGUAAAAAUAUUAAUUCCAGUAAAAACAUAAAAAGUUGACAUUAAUACAAAUAUAACUAGAAAACAG